CUAAGGGACCCAUCGUUCGAAGCGGCAGCUCCCGGCCCCGCCAUUUACUCAGUCCUUCCCGGUAUCCCAAGCCCAAGUGCGGCUCCCGCUGCAGCCUCGGACUCCGACUCCACCGUCCUUGAUAUUCAAUGCUACGGGCGACCGCUAAGGGGCCCUCUUCGACUUGAACUGCCGACAAAUGAUAGAUAACGCCUGGCUCUUAACCGACCAAGAUGGGCUUCUUUGACAACCUGCUGCUCCAUCUCGACGAGAGCGUUACCGGGCUCUUCGCGCAGUGGAAUCUCUGGACCAGCGUGAUCGUUUCGGUGCUCGCCGGCUUUCUUGCCUACCAGAUCGCCACGCGGCAGGAACCGGACACACAUCCUUUCCUGCUUGCGCGGCAGGCCCAAGGCUCCCCCGUGCGCCAACCCGGCGAGUCUCCUGUCUACCGGUCGCAGGGCGCCCCGCAUGGCAUGCCCCUGAAUGCCGGCUUGAAUGUGAAGGAUCCGGGCGCCUCCAAGUGGGCAAGAGGACGUGAUGGCGAUCUGCGGGACAUUUGGCGCCAGGCCAUUGCCGGCGUGCAGGAGGAUGGUCCGAACAAGGGGGCCAAAGGCCGCAUCCUGACUGUGUUGGGCACCGACAAGGUUAUCGAGCACCGCCUCGACGACAUCACCCGCCAAAUCAACCUGGUCGGACGACACAUUCUCGACCAGGGCGGCAACCGCGUGGCCAUCUACCUCCCUAACUCGGUCGAGCUAAUCGUGACACUCUUCGCGUGCUCUUUCUACAACCUGACCACCGUGAUCCUGCCGUUCGAUCAGCCCGCCGAUGCCGUCAUCUCGAUGCUGCGCCGGUCCGCCGCCGACACUGUCAUUACCGCUCCGGGCGCCUUCCCCUAUGAGGCCGUCGUCAAGAACUACCCGUCCCUGCGCCAGCUGAUCUGGGUCGUCGACGAGGGCAGCAAGCACAUGGACUGGAACGAGGUCCCCCAGGGUACCGGAAGCAGUGUCAACGUGUCGACAUGGCAAGACAUCAUCCAUGACAGCCCCGUAGACGCCGGGAAAGAACUCCCUUCGAUUGAAGGACAGAAAGAGCUCCGCGAUAUCACCGUCUUUUGGCAGUUCAAGCCCGGCCAGCAGGAGGAGAUGGUUCGUUUCACAUCCGCCAACUUCGUCUCCGCCAUUGCCGGCCAGCUCUUCGCCGUUCCCACUGCCCAGCGGAUGGGGCCCUCGGACCUGUUCCUUCCCGCCGACUCGCUGGCCAACACGCACACCCUGGCCCUCACCCUCGCCGCGCUGUAUUCAAACGCCUCAGUGGCAUUCAACUCCGUCGCCGCGCAGGCCGACGACCUCGCCAUCGCUACCGGCGGCGUCUCCCCGACCAUUCUAGUCGCCACGCCCGCGGCCCUGCUCAAGACCCACGAAGAAACAUCCGCCCGGCUCAACUCGUCCCUCCUAGGCCGCACCCUCCACCGCUUCCAGACCCGCCAGCUCGCACAAACCGGCGUAAUGCCUCCUGCGAGCGGCGGCCUCUUCUCCCACACCUACACUAGCGCCGUGCGGCCGCAGGGCAGCGGCAAGCUCCGGCUGAUCUACACCGCCGAGCGCGUCGGCGCCGACACGCCACGCCUGUCGUCCUCCGUGCUCUCCGAUCUGCGGGCGUUCACGGGAGCACGGAUCAUGUACGCUCUGACGGCCCCCAAGGUGGCGGGCGCCGCGACGCAGACGGGCUUCUAUGACUACAGGGUGUUUGAUGACAAGGGGAAGACGGGCGGCGGCUCGCACUUUGGUCCGCCGCUGACGAGCACCGAGAUUCUGUUCAGGGAUAUGGGCGUGUGGAAGACGACGGAUGAGCGGAGUCAGGGAGAGAUUAUUGUCAGAGGCCCCUGUGUCGCUGGUAAUGAGGCGGCCCUCGGCGUGGCGGGUAUGAUGAGGGAUGACAAUACCCUGGCGUACGUUUGAGAGGCUCGGGGGGUUGCACCAUGAUAUUUUGUGUAUUGAUCCGACUCCGCUGGGCGUCUCAACCAGGCCGGAGUUUGAUGAGGCCUGCCAAUCUGCUUAGGGCAGACGUCUCAAAUCCUUUUAGACUACCUGUUGUGAGUUCGUCAUGAGAGUCUUAGAAGCAUGGGUUAGCGUCACAAUGGUUGAGAAUACACACACGAGGGCCUU